AUGAGUGCUUUACUCGGCCUUCUAUUCACCAGGCUGACUUUGCCACCCUCCUCGGUUAUCGAGGGGAAGACCAUCCUCAUCACCGGUGCAAACACUGGCCUUGGUCGGGAAGCUGCCAGACAUGCGCUCGCUCUAGGCGCCGGUACGGUCAUUUUGGGCGUUCGAACCCUAAGCAAGGGUGAAGAUGCCAAAGCCGACAUCGAAGCAAGCACCGGCUGUAACGACAAAGGAAAGGUUCUUGUAUGGCCGAUCGAUCUCGAAUCAUUUGCUAGCGUCCAAGCCUUCGCAGCUCGAGUUCGGAAACAUGUUGUCACAGAGGGCGGCCGACUAGACAUAGCUAUCAUGAAUGCAGGAAUUGCGUCAGUCGAGUACGCUGUCACCCGUGAUGGGUGGGAAAGAGGAAUCCAGGUCAAUGUUUUAUCGACCGCGCUCCUCAGUUUAGAGCUAUUGCCGCUACUGCUGCGAACUAAAGAGCGGGAUCCAUUAGCACAACCGCAUCUGUCCCUUCUUACGAGCGAUAUCCACAAAUCGAUCAAGUUCCCCGAGCGGAAUGAGAAGAGCAUUCUUUCUACCUUGAAUGGCGAGGAGCAGUGGAAGAAAUCCCAGGCUGCAGGUGCUACCGAGCGCUACGGUGUCACCAAGCUUAUGGAUAUCUUCAUUACCAUCGAGAUAGCUCGACUUGUGCCCCGUGAUGAGUCUGGGAACCCCCUUGUGAUUGUUAAUGCCGUGACGCCGGGAUUUUGCAAAUCGGAUCUCCUCACUAGGGAAAAGGCGCCGUGGAUUCUGAAGCUGAUCCAAGCUUUGAUUGCCAGGACGGUGGAAGAGGGUAGCAAAACAUUGCUGCAUGCAGUAAGCCAGGGCUUGGAAACUCACGGGAAGUGGUUGGAGAAUCAGGCUAUCACAGACCCGGGUGCUAUUGUCACAAGCGAAGACGCACGGGUCGUGAGAGAGAAGGUUUGGGCAGAGAUCACCGGUGUCUUGCAUAAUGUUGAUCCCGAGGUUCGAACUGAGUACUAA